CUUAGCUUACUCGUCAGCCCCACAGGAAGGGGAAACCAGCGUUAAUAUUAGCUAGUCCUGCUCGCUACUGUUAUUAGCUAACACUUAGCUUCUCGUCUGGUUGUUUGUUUGCUAAAGGCGUUAACAAUUAGCUCUUUCGCGGUCGUGUUAUCUUCGUUUGAGACCUUAUUUAGUCGGAAUAUUGUCAGGUUAGCCAGCCAGAGGCGAGCUAAUUUUAGCCCCUGUAGCGCCUGUCUGUCAUCCUGCUGGCUGGCUGCUUCCUCAUGCUAACACCCUGGCUGUCUGCUAACAUUAGCCGCCUGUAAAAUAUCUGGUGUUGUUGUAGGAGUUAAAUCUAUCCUAAGUUCAACUUAGUAUGUCAGCUUGCUCACCAGGCAGGAUCGAGGGGUUUGUAAUGGCUGUUUUUUCCGCUUUUUAUUGGUUCCCAAAGACCAUGACCUGGUGCAUUAUGUGAGGUGUGUAAAAAGCUUUUUGACACCUGGAAGCGGCUGCUGAUAUGGUGGACCUGAGACUGACCCUUAGGAGCCCCCAGUCUCACUUCUUUAUGAGAGUCUGGGGAAAAUGUUGCCACAGCUUUUGGAUCUAGGAUAUCACCUUCCAUGAUAUUCAGAUUUCACAGCGCUUCAGUCAAACUGCUGUAAGGAACAUGGAGAGAGAAGCAGCUGAGAAGGAGAUGGAUGGUGUCACAGACGCCGAUGAGGAGACCCCUGAUGGUGAGUCUGCCUCAGUCACCAGUUCUCCACAGUGGGAGGUCAGACAGAAUGAUGAUGAUGGCGAUCUGGAGGACAAAACAGCCUAUCUCAAAUCUCAGGACAUCCCAAUUCCAGCCACUCCACAAGACUCUGGAAUUGGUGAAGCAGAGUUUUAUGGAUCUCCAGAGGCCAAAGAGGAUGAUGAAGAGGCUUCAGAUGGGUUCGAGCAUGACAGCAACGCAGAUCAUGAUAAUUUGCACGUUAUAAAUCAAGAAGAGGAUGAAGCAGCGAAGGAACAGCAGCACAUGAACGGGGAGUCCGGUUGGAGGAACGAGGGAGCUGGGAGGAGAUUCAAACUUAGGAGCAGUGGGUCGGUUUCAGAGCAGAGCAGUCAAAGUGCUUUUUCCUCUGUCCAAAAAGGAAAUGUUACAUCAAGCGGUGGCAGGCACAAGCAGACCCGCAGACGUAACCACCACCACCAUCAACAGAACCGAGGCCGCAGGCGGACAGGCAACCAGCUCGUCUUGGCUUUCAAGGAGAUGCUAUCGGAGUCUCUGAGCUUUUGGUGCAUUUCCUGCGUCCACAUGAUGAUUGAGAUAAUUGUCACAUUAACUCACAAUUGUGGCGUCGGUGUGGAGACCGGAGGGGUGAAACUAUACAACUUUGGACAACAGCUUCUUGUGAAGGUGACAGACAUAGCAGGGAUGAAGGAAGAUGCCAGUCGGAUUCUGAAAUGGACAAAAUGCACAGUGUUGGACCUGGUGGAUAAAAUAGUUCGGUCAGUGAAGUGGGUAAAGUCAGCUGCCUUAUCUUGUUUGAGACUUUUCUGCGCUUUGGUUAUUCUUGGUUCCCAGUGGGUAAAGGGUGCAUUGGUCCGCCUUGGCGGAGAGAGGGGAAAACGCUAUUGGACAGCUUUUCAAGAGUCAAGGUUUUGGAAGAGGGUGGUGUCCCUGCUGGAGAGAGUCCGAAUCAGGUUCAGGAGGGAUGGCCCUGUACCACCAUCCAGCCCUGAGUCACCUGGCAGAGCAGGGAGAGGUCAGCCAGGCCAGGAGCUGGAGAGACUGCUAGCGUUGGCUGAGGUACCCGAGGACGAGCUCGACCCCUUUACAGUGCUCGGCGUGGAAGUGCACGCCACUGAGGCUGAGCUGAAGAAGGCCUACAGACAGCUGGCUGUCCAGGUCCAUCCAGACAAGAAUAAACACCCACGAGCUGGAGAGGCGUUCAAAGUACUGAGGGCUGCCUGGGAUAUAGUCAGUAACCCAGAGACACGACGAGAGUAUGAGUUGAAACGUAUGGCAGCAACUGAGCUCUCAAAGUCCAUGAACGAGUUUCUCACUAAACUGCAGGAUGACCUGAAGGAAGCCAUGAACACCAUGAUGUGUACCAAGUGUGAAGGAAAACACAAGCGGUUCGAGAUGGAUCGUGAACCUGCUGAGGCCCGGUUCUGUGCUGAAUGCAGCCGCUGCCAUAGUGCUGAGGAGGGUGACCUGUGGGCCGAGUCGAGCAUGUUGGGCCUUCGUAUCACGUACUUUGCCUGUAUGGACGGAAAGGUCUAUGAUAUUACAGAGUGGGCAGGUUGCCAAAGGAUAGUCAUUUCUCCCGACACACACCGUGUGCCCUAUCACAUCUCAUUCGGCUCGAAAAACAACAGCAACCCCACACGACACAGGGCGCCCUCAGAGCACGCCCCCGGUCCCACCAACCCGGCAGAUUUACAGGACUUCUUCAACCGCAUCUUCAAGGGAGGACCUCCAAACGACAUGGCUGCCAACGGGGGCUUCUUCCCCUCAGGUCCGCCCAAUCACCAGCCGCCUGGUGCUGGAGCGCCCCCGUUCUCCCCUCCCCCAAGCCAGACAGGUUUCUUCAUGCCGGGGGGCCACCGGCCAGAGUCCAGCGAGACAUGGCCCGAGAGUGGAAAACCCCCCAGGAGGAGGAAGAAGGUUCGCAAACCCUUCCAGAGGUGAAGUCUGUAGACCUCUCAGUGUAUCAACAUAACAACACAGGGACACAAUAAAUAAUGGCCAUGUUUGUCUCUCGCCUGCCUGUUGGCAUGCCAAGAUGUGAACAGAUUCAUGUGGGUAAGGCUGCAUCAGAUCGGCCAGUGAAGAGAGAGAGAGAGAGAGAGAGAGACUGGAUUAUGAAGAGGAGCCUGUUGACUGAAGUAUUGAAGGAGGGUUGAAGACGCAGCAGUGAUGGUGCUUUACCUCUCAUUUCACCUUAUUUUUGGAUGGUCUUAAGACGACUGUAGCCUUGGCAUUGAAGUCCUUAUCGGGAUGCUGUAAUAAAACAUUUACGUUUCAUAAUUUCCUGCCAAAUCCUGCGAUGCAUGAUUUAUUCACCUGCAUUUUAACACCUCAGUUCCAUCACUUUUGUUGUUAAUGUUUUGUAUAAGGUUAGUAUACUGUGCGGCAUUGGUUCCCAACUGAGACUGACACUCGAAAAAGAAGGAUACAUGGAUCACUGUGAUCAACAUGAAGAAACUAACGAUCUGGGCAGCUUCACUGUGUCAGUGUUACUCACCUCCUCCCACCAUAUUUAAAAAAAUGAAUCGAAAAACUGCCAAACCCGACACAUCUGAACUAAAUGUGCAAAAACAGCAAAAAAUUCUAGAACUUACAUGCAGCGACCGCAUUUUUUGAAGCUGUCCUUUUAUGGUAAAAUCCAACAGUUUGGUGUGAAACUCUGGUAGUAUGCUGACAGUGAAUAUGUCAGUGUAAAUACGUCAGUGAAAGUCACAGUCAGCUAUCCUCCAGCAUCAGGGCCCCACUGUUGUAUGACCAUAAACAUGCAAAUUAUCUCUUAAACCAACAUCAUGCAGAAUUAAAUAUUACCUGAAUCUCUCUUGAGGUUUGGAACAACACAUUUGUUCUCUCUAGUAGUCCACUUUCAACAGUUAGAAAUUUCAGAACCGAGUAAGUAAAUUAACUAUUUAGAGAUUUGGCUAAAAUGGAUGCUGAUAUUUGUGUGGCAGUUACCCGAGAAUCACACCCUGCAUUAUGAGACCACCCACUGGAGAUGUAUGUGACAGUGAGCCUGCAGCAUAGAGAUGUAAAAUCUGGACCUGAAUGAGUGAAAAUUAUACAAUUGUUUUUUUUCUUUUGAGUUAUUCAGAUUCAAACAUGCUGGAGUCCACCUUCUGUUUAUUGUUUCAGCUGCUGAUUGGCGUCAUAAUCGUAGCGCUGGUUCAAAUCUAAUAGCAGGACUGAGUCCAGUGGAGCUGCAGCUGAGCUGCUUUGAGAAGGCCUCAAAAACUUAAAAGUGACCCCUUGACAUUUUGAAAUGUUGAUCUUUUUACUAAAAAAAUAUUCAUUGCUAUUUAAAAGACCGCAUCUAAAUGAUCUACACUGCCCCCUGCUGAUUCACAGAUAAACCUAUUUACUAAGUUAGUAAUAACAACAGUACAUAUGAGUCAUAAAUUGAUGUAAGUUGAUAUUAUUCUCUUACACUGAAGUAAGCCUAAAAACAAUGCAGUUUAGCCCACUAUCAGCAUUGUGUUUCAACAUUGAUGACUUCACAAUAGCCUUCAAAAGCCUUGAAUGAGACAGCAGUUUAAAAGUGUUAUAUUUUUGCAACAUGUUAAUUUCAUAGUUAAUUUGUGCAAUUGCUCAGCCUGCUUUUGAAAACAGUGCUCUAGUCGACCAUUUUCACCAGUGUCCUGCUUCUUCACGCUAAGUGCCAUUUUAUGUUUCAGAGCAUGUGAAUCCUCUACAUCGGUGAUCUGUCACGACCGUCACCCAGCUCAGGACAAAUCAGCAAACAGUCUGCCAGAGAUUUGUUUCUAGCCGUCCUUGAUUUUUUUGUUUUUUUACAUAUUUGUGUCUUUAGUCUGCGGUGACAUCUCAGUGGCUCCUGACAGCUUAGAAUUAAAAAAACUCAAUCGUGUGUCUCGUUAAGUUUCGCAGUCGUGCUAUCAACGCGUGCUUUUUUCCUCCUGGACGUGGUUCAGCUUUCAAAAUGUCAAAGUCACACAUUUACAGAAAGUCUAAAUCAAAACUGAUUACCCUCCAGAAAAGAAAAGACUAAAUAAGCUAUAUUUUGGGUUUUUUGUUUCUUGUUAUUGCAUAAAAAUAACAAUUUAAUUCUCAAUGUAGUUUAAUUUAAGAGAACAGAUCUGAUAUUGUUUACACCUGAUAUGUGAAGAUUGUGAGAGUGUAGUGAAAUGGUUAUGUGUGAUAAGCAUUUGAUAAAGGCUAUUUUUUAUAUUGACAGUUGAUGAUGAAAA